UUUAACAUUACAAUGAUUGCUACAAGAUUUGUUUGCACCAAAGGGAUGGGAUCUUGUCAAGGCAAGUGGAAAACACAGCCAGAAGGAUGUAAUACCUAAGUACCUCAUGUUUCUUCUCCUUGCCCUCCUGUUUCUGCAGGCCUCCUCCUCAGGGUCUGCAAUGGAAUAAGAGGAAUACACUCAACAACAUCAUUUUGCUUCUUCAUACUCACUGUGUUUCCCUUUUACAAUGAACCAGCUUACAGACUUCACCCAUUAGACUUCUGUUUUGCUGUUCCAAGUGACUGCUAGGGAGGUAAAUGGGGGAAAGUGAAGCUGACUGUGGCUGCCAGCAUACUCUGUGAAGGUUUAUUCCAGACUGUGACAGCCUGGACUAUGUUACUCCUUUUGUGUGGUAAUGGGAGUCCAGGUUAAUCCACCGCUGCCCAGCUUCUGCCUGUCUACCACUCACUGCAAAAGGACUUUAAAUCACACCAGGUCAAAAGUGCACAUACCAUGUUACCCACCAAACCCUCCAGUUCUGCCCCAAAACCGUGUCUAGUUGAGUGAAAGGAAGUGAAUGAAUUUCAGCACUGAAUUCCUUAAAUGGGAGAAACUAUUGCACUAGAAAUGUUUCCCAACUACAUAUCAAAUAUCAAACAAUGAAUUACGUUAUAUGUGGAUUCCUUGGCUUUGGAUAUUUUUCAUACAGCGAUUCUGGUAUUUGCAUUCCACAGUCAUGUGUAUUUUAAAAUAUAUUUCAGAAAAUUAACUUGUUUGGUUUAGAGGUCACAGGAGAGAUUUCUUUCCUUUUCUGGGUAUUCUCUGUCUAGCAGGAAAGCACUUAGUAUAGAAGGAUAAAUUAUGGUAGCCCACAGGAGUCAGUGCCGUAUUGUGCAACUCAUACAAACACUCAUGGGCUUGCAGAGGAGAGCUCUGUUUGUUCAAGAAUAAGAUCUGGUACUUCUCAUAGCGGGAGGUCAUAUUACCUUAAAAUGUCUCUGCUUGGUAGGUCUGCCUGAUGAAUAACAUCUGUUCCCAUAACAACUCCCUCUCCAGUAGGACAGAUGGGCUCCAUGGCAUGACAAUACUAAAAGUAGUCCACAGGCUGUCCUGUACCGAAGGAGCAAGUGACCACAGCAAAUAGCACAAACCUCGCUACGAGCCUGAUUCAAAUCCUACUGGAGCCAUCAGGAAAAGUCUGGCAGAUUUCAGGGGGUCUUGGGUUAGAAAGCAUGCAUAACCCUGUCUCUGCUCCUAUAAUGGUAGUACAGUCAGUAGUGAUGAUAUAUGUCUUUUGAAAUCAGAGGUUUCUCCAGCCCAAUACCUUCUCAUGAAAAAACAGCAAGACAUGGUUCACUUUACAAUCAUAUUCAUGCAAAGGGAGAAAGUCAUAGCAGGUAUGUUUCUGCAUACUAAAAAAGACAUAAUUUUCAAUGUAAUUUGCAGUCCCAGACUACCAGACUUCUCAUGGCAGGAAAGUUUUGUGCAAAGAGAGAUCACUGGGAAAGGGACUUCUCUGCUUUGCUUCCAUUCAAAAGAACACAGUGAAAUCCUGUUCCACACAGAGAAAUCCUACUCCUAACAGGUAAAAUUAGCUUUUAGCUUUCAUCCAGCUCUUUGCAUCUCAGAUAAUAAAAUCAAGGCAAUUCAUACUGAAUUACCAAUAUUUCCACUAGAAGUGAGUAAAAAAUUCAGCUGAAAAGACAUAAGAAUAAAGUUUGCUGAGAGACAGUAAUUUGGUUUCACAAGUAUCAAAAUUUUAAAAUUAAUUUUAGUUUUUCAGUGGAAUGAAAACAAAACCUCUGAACAUUUUCUCAAAAUGAAAUUAUAGAGAAACACUUUUCAUCAUAAGGCAUAAUUUUUUCAGCUCUGAUCCUCUCUCACUCUCUUCUCUUCCUGCUUCCCCUCUCAUUCUCUGUCACCAGAGGUAGCUGCAGAGCCCUGGAUCACAAACUUUUCAGCGGAAAUUUUUUUGAAAUUAGUACAUCUCAGUGAGUGCAUUCUGUUAGGAAUGUUCAUAAACAAUUCUGCCUGGGAGAUAUUCUUAGCUUGUCCCAAAAAUUUGAUAUGUUACACAUCUAAACAGAUAGCCAGCUGCUCAGCUGUGAGGUUUUGGGUCAAAAGCACACAAUGAAUUGCUGAAAUGACAGUCCUAUAUAUUAAAAAUGUCUGGGCUAUUCUCCUGUAUAUUUUUUUGCAUGGAGUAUAAAUUCUGUUACAUACCAGAAAUAACAGUGAAAAUACAUUGCUCCAUUUCAGUGACCUUAAUUGUGUAUGUCUGUGCAUCAGUGGGUUAGUUCCAGGGGCCAGAGGAGGAUUCCUUAAUCCCUGAUAUAUAGAGGAGCCAAACACAAUGGAUUUUUUUGUCUUCCUUUGAUUGCACCACCACUUUUAAAAUCUCUGUCUUAAAGAAGUUAUGCCUUGUGGGUGGGGGAAAAGCAGAAUAUUCCAAUUAGGAACAACCUAACUUCUCUGUCACAUCUGACCUUCAUGCCUCAAUAAUCCCCUGAGCACAGCUCAUAAAUAAUGAGUGCCCAGAGGCUGACUGUAUAAUUCCAGUGCAUUCUAUUGACUUCCAGGGGAUGCACAAAAGGAUAGCAUGUAUCCUGAAGGAAAAAGCGUGUGCUGUUUUCUUGGUCUUCCAUCAAAUGUAUGUUGUUCGUAGUUUACUCGCUGUUCAUUGAAUACUGACAGUAGGCUAUACAGGGCACAAAAAUGGUUGCUGUGCAUAAACAGAACUGAAUUUUAUCUGUUUCUUUAUCUAUGCCUGCUAUCAGCAUCAGAGCUGUUGUAGUUUUAUGUGAUACAGUUUAAAAAUACUGUGGUUUGAAAAAAAAUAGAAAAGUACAAGCAAGCAAUCAUCAAGAGAUAAACUCAUCAUGUUAAAAAGAAAAACAACCACCCUUUUCCCAGGUACACACAGUCAAAAGGAUGUAAAAAAUAACCUUAAUCUCACUGAAAUGGAAAAGAAUAAAAAUAAGGAUCUUACACAUCGAAGUAGGUAGCCACAUGCCUAACUGAGGUAAGUUUACUAAUUCUAUGGACUUCAACAGACCUACCCUUUUCUUGUUUAUUGGCAGACCAAUAACUUUAGCUUGAUGCAAUGCCAAAAUCUUUGCAAGUGUUGAAAAAGAAAACUACAUUGUAAGAAAAUGAGAGGGAGACAUGACACAAACUUGUUCCAUAAACCUCACAGAAGCAUACCCAGGUGGAACAUGAGAGAACAAUGGAAAAGCUUAAGUGAUAACUGGGUAACUUGUUAGCAGAACAGAAAUGAAUAACUCCACGUACAUAAAUUCUUCCAAUGAAAAUGUGAUGGCUUUGGAGAGCCCCUAUAAAACUGUUGAGGUGGUCUUUAUUGUCCUGGUAGCAGGGUCUCUCAGCCUAGUCACCAUAAUUGGGAACAUCCUGGUCAUGGUGUCAAUCAAAGUCAACAGGCAUCUACAGACUGUCAACAACUAUUUCCUGUUCAGCUUGGCCUGCGCUGACUUGAUCAUCGGCAUCUUUUCAAUGAACCUAUACACCCUUUACACUGUGAUAGGGUACUGGCCUUUGGGGCCCGUCGUGUGUGACCUCUGGCUGGCUCUUGACUAUGUGGUCAGCAACGCCUCUGUAAUGAACCUCCUCAUUAUCAGCUUUGACAGAUAUUUUUGUGUCACCAAGCCUCUGACGUAUCCUGUGAAGCGGACCACUAAGAUGGCAGGCAUGAUGAUCGCAGCUGCGUGGGUGCUGUCCUUCAUCCUGUGGGCCCCUGCAAUUCUCUUCUGGCAGUUCAUUGUGGGAGGAAGGACUGUCCCAGAUGGGGAUUGCUACAUCCAGUUUUUUUCCAAUGCUGCCGUCACUUUUGGCACUGCCAUUGCAGCCUUCUAUUUGCCCGUUAUCAUCAUGACUGUCCUUUACUGGCAAAUCUCUCGAGCCAGUAAGAGUCGGAUAAAGAAAGGGAAAAAGGAAGCUGCCCAAAACCAAGAUACAGUUUCCCCCAGCCUUGUCCAAAGUAAAAUAGUGAAACCAAACAACAACAACAUCCCAGCCAGUGGUGAUGGGUUGGAGCACAGCAAAAUUCAGAAUGGAAAAACCACUGGAGAGACUGUGAUGGAGAAUUGUGUUCAAGGGGAGGAGAAGGAGAGCUCCAAUGACUCCACCUCUGUCAGCGUGGUCGCUUCCAACAUGAAAGAGGACGAAGUUGCCAAAGAUUCCAGCCAGGCUUCUGCCUCCCAAGACCACCUCAAAGUGGGGAACUCCAAGCUGACAUGCAUCAGAAUAAUCACCAAGUCCCAAAAGGGUGACUGCUGUGCCCCCACCAACACUACUGUGGAGAUUGUAGGCACCAAUGGGGAGGAGAAGCAGAAUAGUGUAGCCCGGAAAAUCGUCAAGAUGACAAAGCAACCAGCCAAAAAGAAACCACCUCCUUCUAGAGAGAAAAAAGUGACAAGGACUAUUUUGGCUAUCCUCCUGGCCUUCAUCAUCACCUGGACCCCAUACAAUGUGAUGGUGCUCAUCAACAGCUUCUGCACAUCCUGCAUUCCUGGAACUGUAUGGACCAUAGGUUAUUGGCUCUGUUAUAUCAACAGCACCAUCAACCCUGCUUGUUAUGCGCUCUGCAAUGCUACCUUCAAGAAGACCUUUAAGCACCUUCUUAUGUGUCAUUACAAGAAUAUAGGAGCUACAAGGUAAAGAUAAUAAUAAAAAUAAUAAUGGAAACGGUGAAGAAGUUCCAAAUUAAAUUAAAAAAACCCAACUAGAUAAAUGCUAUAGCACUUUAUGCUCUUCUACAGAAUGUGCAGUCCAGGAUGUUAGUGGAAAUACUGACAUGGGGCAUCAGCUCCAUUCCUGAGAACUACACUUAGAAACAUUUUUUUAAAUUAUUGAAAACAAAUCUUGAGGACAUAGAGAUGUUUGAGGAAUUAUUCAAGUAUGUGGACUGGAGGCACAGUUCCUUGCUUUCUGCAGGUAUUCUGCAGAAGGGCUUUAGAGUCUGCAAUUUUUGGAAAUUCUGUGUAAAAUCCUUGUUCUUCUCUUUUAUUUUUACUUUUUUUUUAGUUUAUUUUUCCUGUGUCUGUUUAAUAUGUCUUCAUCUGGGGGAAAAAAAGAAAAAAAAAGCAAUUUUAACAAUAACUGUGUGGAAGAAGCAUGGGAGUUUGGAAGAUCAUUACAUAUUUGAAAUGAAUCAUGGUUUCUAAAGCUCAAAGUUGUCUAAAGCUUUUUUGUCACUGUCAUGUUAGAACUUUAAUGUUAGGUAAAUGCUGAUGAAAGUUAUUUUAUGUUGUUUAUGACACUACCAUUUCCAAAACUGCAUCAGUUCUGAAAGUGUGCUUACGCUCAAUGUGUAACCGUUGCCUAACCUGUGUAUCAUUCAAAGUCUGCUGCUUGCCCCAGUUUAAAGGGCUUUUGUUCAUCAAUUCCUUCAUCCCCUCAAGACAAAAGAGAAAAGGCAGUCUUUUCCAGAUUGCUACGUCCCAAGACUAUUUCAGCAUCUGUGUAAACCAAAGCUUUUGAGACAAUGUUGUUCACUUUGUUUGUCAUGUAACAUCCACCCGUAGAUCUGUCUCUUACUUCCAUCAGCUUUUCCUCUUUUUUGUACCUUACUUGUCCAGGCCAUAAAAACUGAAUAUCAAAAGUUCUAAAUUCAAAGAUCUCAUCCAGUCAGCUGCCAUGGUGGCCAAGUAAAGGGCCUCAGCUGAAGAAUAGAAACAUGGUUCUUACUAGAAAAAUUGAUGUUAUAUGCUUUUAAAGUUGGAUGUACAGGCGGAGAGGUAUGAUGAGCUCCACAGAAUGAAUACUCAAUAUUAGAUGGCCAUGCUCUUGACCAGUCAAAAAAGGAUUCAUACUCAUUUAUUGAGGAAAAGCAUAAAUGGACUGAUGUGCCCACAUGGAUCAAGCUCUGCCUAACCCCUUAGGGUGAAAGCAGAGUCCUUCCUGGGUAUAUCCUGGACAAGAUGUUUACUUUGGGGAAAAGCUGUUGGCUACAUUGCCUUUUGUAGCAGCUGGGAGCAAUAUUUUGACUGUAAGCCAAGGGAUAAUGCUAAUAAAAAGGCAGAGAGGAAAACAGUGAUUACACAAAACCAGAUACUGAAAUAGUCUGGUUGGGGGGCUGGCAAGGAUCAAGUCAAAUACUAUCUGCGAGUCCACACCAGCUUAAAUUCCAAUUCUUUCUGCCUGGCAAAUAUUUUACUAUUUCAAUAUUUGAUAUUUAAUGUAGCACAAUUGAGCACUGUGUGGACAGGACAAAGUUUAUCAGAUUGUUGAAAACAGCAAUUGUCUGAGUUAUGCAUAUUCUAGUUACCUCCUUCUUAGUAACUCUAGCUUCAAGGCACUAUGAUGGUACACAUACAGAUUUUCUUACUCCAAAAAGUAGCUUGCUGCACAGACAGUGUCCUGGGGGACUGUCUUCUGGAGUGAAAGCCACCUACCAAAUAGGACACCAAAUUAUUCUGUUAUUUCAUGUUACCACAUUAGAGUCUUCCAAAACACACUUCAAAAUAUCAGCUUUCAAGAUUACAGGGAAAUUAAUCUUGCUGACUUAAAAUUUACAUUUGACAAGCUUAUUGGAACACAGUGGCAAAGCACUUUGGCAAUCUGACAAUUUUCAUGUUUCGAAGUACAAGUUCCUAGUGGAAAGUGAAAAUGAGGGGGAUUAAACUGCAGUAAAUUAAGGCUACAUUAAACUCAGGAUUAAUGUGUCUUGAUAUGCAAUCAUUGAUUUUAUACCCCUAGUGAUUUCAUCUUAAUAUAUCUAAGUGUCUCCAUGCAGCCAAGGAUCUAAUUUUACAACCCUCACUCACCUUGAGUCAUAUUUACUAUCACUAUUUUCAUCUUCCUUCUUGUAAGAAAGAAUAACUCAGUGAUAAGGCUUGCAAAACUGAGUGCUGCUUGUCUUUCAAAACUACAUUCACUAGACUUAUCUUGAUAGGCCAAGGGAAAAACUUGCAUGAUUACUUCUAGAUGAUUCAUUCUUUUACAAUGUAAAGUAAUCCAGAUAAUAACCAAAGAUAUGAUGAAAUCUCUUCAUUUUCUAAAUCUUACUCCUUUAGAAAAGUUUCAUAAAAGAAACAGACCUGCUUCUUUCUUUCAGCAAGUGCUACAGGUGUUAAUAGUAGCGGUACUCAAAUUGGUAAAUAAUGGGGUUUAUAUUGUUAUUUAAUCUUUUAACUCCAGUUUUCCAGCAGGCAUGAAGAUCCUUUAUUCUGACCUUUGAAGCUGCCACUUGUUCAUAAAUUAUUAAUUCCUCUAACAGCUAAGGACAUUUCUAUAGGUUAAGAUGCGCAAGAUAUAGAUUACAAUUGUACUUUUUCAUCAUGUAAUGCGAUGACAUUCAAAAUACUAUACAGAAAACCAAAUAAUUUAGGGCCCACAUUCAUGAAACAAACAAACAAACAACAAUGACAACAAAACAGGAAAACCUUCAGUUUGAAGCUUCCUAACACUUUUCCCUAGCAUCACCCCCACUUCUGAUCCCAAAGGACAAGAUGCUUUGUUUUGCAUUAUACUAUGUUUAAAAAGCUUGCAGAACACACAAUCCUGUGUGUUUCCACCUUGUACCAGCUCAAUGAAAAAAUAUUUCUGUGGUACAUCCACAUUCACAGCCAAUUAAGCAAUGUAAAAAUAGAUGACAUAAUGCACCUACACAUGUAUGCACAGGCAUGCAAACACACAGCAUAGUUAAUAUACAUGGAAAAUAAUAAUCUAACAUUCAAGGUAUUGCAUGAGAUGUUGUUUAUGUUGUGUUCAUUGGCAGCUCGUGGGAGGCACAGAGCCAACACUUCCUCAUAACACUGUCUACGUCCUCCAGGAGGCAGAGAGGUGGCAGAGCCUGCCUUCAGAUUCUGGGAACCUCUCAUGUCCUAAGCUAGUUUUGGCUCAGUAAGACAAAAAGUGGGAUAAUCUUUCAAACCCACAAACUGAUUUAUUCUUCUGAACACCUUUUGAAUUCUCAUGUCUUUCCUUUGUGUCCCAAACCACGUUCACCAGGUUUCCCUUUCCUUCUGAGUGAUAGUUCUGCGAGAUCUAGAUGUUGGUCUUGAAGAGUAGCACUCCCUGGGUACCUCCUCUGGCUUUCCUGGCUGUCACCUUCGCCCUGCCACCCUAAAGGCCCCAGGUGGCCCUGCCGAUGCUGCCACAUCUUCACCUUGGGCUUGGCCAGAGGAUCGCAGCAGCACGUCCACACCAUGUGCUGCUCUGGCCACUUUCGUUUCACAUAGAAAUUGAGAAAACUGCUAGUGACUCAUGAGAAAAAAAUUACCCAACAAAAUAACAACAAACUGCAGCUAGCACUUCUUUCCUGCUCUUUUUCUUCCUCUUAAUUAUUUCCAGAAACAGGCUAAAACUGAAAAGGCCCAACCAACCCUUGACAGCAACCCUGCUGCAGCAGGAUCUGUCAUGUCAGCAGCCCAUAGGGUGUGACUUGUACUGUCACAGGCCAGCCCUACCUUCACUCUCCAGGGAGAGAAUAACAGCCUGAAGAUAUGUCAAUCCAACUGGCACCUUUUCUGAGUAUUAAAGACAUCUGCAGUAAAAAACAGAAAACAAAAGAACGAAAGAAUGAAAGAAA